AUGGAAAAGCCAAGGAUUGAUCCUUGUAUUGGAAAACAAAUAGAGCUUGCUGUGUUUGUUAAUACUAGAAGAGAAUUGUUUCAUAGACGUAUGGGAAUUAGGAAUAGUUGGGCUAAAGAUGCGAGUAAAAAUAUGAUAAUUCGUUUUGUGAUUGGAGAUCCAGUAUUGGAAGAAGAGGAAGGAAAAAAAUUUGAUCUAUUAUUGGAUGAAGAACAAAAACAAUUUGGUGAUUUGAUACGUUACUAUAAUAUAACGGAAGGCUAUCAUAUGUUGCAAUUUAAAGUAGGUGCUGCUUUUCAAUGGCAACAAAAAUGGUGCCCUAAUGCGGAAUAUGUUAUGAAAACUGAUGAUGAUGCAAUCAUUGAUCUGCCUCGUUGGGCAUUCUGGAAUGAGAACAAAUUUAAAAAACAAAUGAAAGAAACUGGAACUGGCCUAGCAUUUUUUGGAUAUUUAGUAGAUGAAACACCUACAAUAAGGGAAAAGGACAAUAAAUGGUAA